UCAAUCCUUGCUCUCUCUCUCUCAAAAAGAAGAAGAAGAAGAAAUCGAUCCAUCGACGACAUGGCUGAUGAUGCGGCGGCGGCAGCGGCAGCGAGAAAGCAGACAAAGCUGAUCUGGGAGGAGAAUUACUGGCACCCAAACAAACACAGGUCUGACCGACAUGCCAUCUACGCCGGCCAAUAUCACGCUUCUGAUCAAAUGGGCACCCAGGACAUCACGUCUAUCGAUCCCAUGUUUUACACGGACGACCAUCGGAGCAGCUUUGGAAGAGACGCUCUGCAGUUCUACUCUAUCAAGAUCGCGUCGAUCAGAGGAGGUCUACGGUGGCCGCUAGACGUGUUUGGUAUGGUCGUCGCGCGCGAUGCCUUGGACAACCGCACGCGUAAUUUUGUCUUCGCCCGUGCAAGGAGCAAUUGCCAGACCAUCACCGAGGAGCAUCCGUAUCUAGAACUCACAGGUCCUAGCCGUGCCGUUGUGACCUGCGCCGAUCUUGGCAACAUCGAGAUCGUGCUCAAAGCUAAGGGCGCGUCUGAAUCUGAGGACAGGGACCUGAGUUUUCUAGCCUUGCCGUUAGGCCGCGGGUAUUGUUCCUAUGACACAGAUGAUUACACUAGCAAGCGUAGCAGACUAGAGCUAACAUUCCGUCAAGUCGCCCGCUCCGUCGAGGCGACAAUCAGCGCGCGACUCGUUGGUGGGUCGUCAUGGCCGGAAGGUUUCCAAGGUGUUCUCGCCGCCAGCAUUACCAGUAUUGAUGAUGCGGAACUUGUACUGCUUGCUUUCGAAGGCAACAGAUUGCCUGUUGUUGCUGAUGAUGGCAUGGUCGAGCUUUCACGACGUGUCGUCUCCGUCGAACCCCGUGAUGGGGAGCUGAAAGUCUCCGUCGUGGCGCGACGGCUUGGAAAGGACGGAGACGUUGCUAGAAGAGAUGAUAUAGUCUUCAGGCCAAAGAAUGCCGGCAGAAGUUGUGGUGUGCUCGAUUUAGUUGGCUCUUGUAAGCUGCAAGUCAACGUUGCAUGGUCCCUCUUCUAAGUUAAUUAUCUAGCGAG